AUUGGCAUUCAUACUUCUUGACAUCAAUGAUGACCUUUGUCUCCAGGGUAGUGAGUAAUCCAAAUUCUUUUCACCAUCAAAGCUUCUUAACUUGCUACUUUUAUUGGAAAAAUCAGUUGCAGGAAAGUCGUCGGCGAGGUAGAAACUAUGAAGUGGAUCUACUUAUUGGUCAAUGUGUUCUUGCUCGCAAGCUCAGAGCCAAGACAGAAACGGAUUUUCAAUGUUUUCAACCUUGUAACCUUCCAAAAUGGACCAUGCGUGAGUCAAGAUAGCAAAAAUGGGACGUGUUAUACAGCAGAGCAGUGCACCGAAUUGAACGGGAAAUCGUCUGGACCCUGCGCUCAAGGAUAUGGCGUGUGUUGUGUGUUUUCUUUUGGGUGUGGUCAACAAACUGCUCAGAACAAUACCUACUUUGAAUCCAAUGCUCCGACCACUGGAGAUUGUAUGGCGACUGUGUGUCCAAGUUCGAACGACAUUUGUCAGAUGCGUUUGGACUUUAAUCAAUUUGUGAUCACCGGACCUUCCACUUCUUCCAUUUCCACGGGCACUCAAAUCUACGGCUUAGUUAACGCUCUGGGGUCCACCUUAGCCAUCUCUAGGGCCUCUCAGUGUCUCACGGACAGCUUCUCAAUCUUAGGGUCGUCAAGCACGCCGAUUCCCGUGAUUUGUGGGACAAACAAAGGCCAACACGUCUAUGUCGAAGUGGAGCCACAAACUUGCGUUCAAAUGAUGAUGUCAUUGGGAUCCACAGGGAUUGUGACCACUUUGGCCCAAAGAAGGUGGUCCAUCAAAACAACUCAAUAUGCUUGCAAUUACCCCAACCUGGCUCCAAAAGGCUGCACUCAAUACCACUUCUCACUCAUUGGAACUGGGACAGUGCAAACCUUCAACUUUGAUGGGGGUCAACAUUUGGCCUCUCAAGACCAUACCAUUUGCGUCAGGAGAGAAAAUGGCAAUUGCCGGAUUUGUUGGACGGCUGCCUCUGUCUCGGAUUUCAUGACCUCAGGAAUGUCUCAAAAAGGAUAUGCCAAGAGCAGCGAAUGCUGUGGAUAUGGUGCGACCGGGGCGGGAACCAACUUUGAUUGCGUACAAAUUCCAGGAGCAUUGGACCAAACGAUGACCUCUAAUUUGGGCGCGUUCACGCAAUUCUGUGGAAGAUCCGUGGGUUUGGUUGCUGCUUCAUCCGCCCUAACUGUUGGAGCGUCCAAAACCAUUUGCAGUGACCGUAUGCCGUUUCAAGUUCGGUUUUUGUCAGACGCUUUUGAGAACGAAGAUGAGAUCGACCCAACCAAAGGUGGUCCCAAUGCUGGAGCCAAGCUGACUUAUUUCCAAACGAACAAGGGCUGUCGUACAACUCGCUGAGUGAGAAGCAUAACCUGCUGCAUUGCAUUUCCCUACCUUUGUUUCACAAGUCCCCUUUGAAAAGAAUAAAUCUUACAGUAUGCAUUGA